UUCACCAGCGGUCCAGUCUGUGCCACAGUGACUCCGCACAGUUACUGUUAACAAACGCACCGUAGGUAAUGUAGCUGCUGAAGUUAGACCCUCAUCCCGGAGCAGCAGAGCCGACAGACAGGAGGACUCGAGCAUACAGCUCGUGCUUCAUUAUACAAAGACAACACCAUGCGCGUCAUGAUGGCACAUAACAGCUCGCGGCCGCAGAUAACUUCGGGUCCCCCGCCACCCCCCAAGUCGAAUCGUGUGGAUUUGUACGAGAAAUACUCGGACGAGGAUCAGGACCAGGCUGCUGCUGGGCUGCAGGAUCAGGAACAGGACCAGGCUGCUGCUGGGCUGCAGGAUCAGGAACAGGACCAGGACCAGGCUGCUGCUGGGCUGCAGGACGAGGACCAGGCUGCUGCUGGGCUGAAGGACGAGGACCAGGCUGCUGCUGAGCUGAAGGACGAGGACCAGGCUGCUGCUGAGCUGCAGGACGAAGACCAGGCUGCUGCUAGGUGGCUGGAGGAGGACCAAGCUGCUGCUGGGUGGCUGGAGGGGGACCAAGCUGCUGCUGGGUGGCUGGAGGGAGUCCAGGACCAGGCUGCUACUUAAAAAAUAUUUAUCUAUUUAUCUAAUAUAUCAUAUUUCAAUAACUUGCAUAUAGACUCUUAUUGCACUAUUUCAGUUCUUUAAACUAUUUUUCUUUUUUGUAUUACUAUUUACUUGUACUAUAUUUUUCUGUUUAUCUGUGUUUUGUGUUGCACUGUUAGAGAAGCCUGUGACACAAGAUUUUCAUCAUAAAUAACUACACUGUGUAUGUUUGACUAAAUAAAGAACCUUGAACCCCUUGCUGGGUGGCAGGGCGAGGACCAUGCAGGACCAGGCUGCUGUUGGGCUGCAGGACCAGGACCAGGCUUCUGCUGGGCUGCAGGACGAGGACCAGGACCAGGCUGCUGCUGGGCUGCAGGACGAGGACCAGGACCAGGCUGCUGCUGGGCUGCAGGACGAGGACCAGGCUGCUGCUUGGCUGCAGGACGAGGACCAGGCUGCUGCUGGGUUUUUGCCUUGUUUACAUAAGAAGAUGGUCAGUUGAAGAAGGUGUGCCCGAUCUUUCCACACAGAUUGCAGAGACUAUCUGAAUUGCAAUCUUUAGCCUUGUGGUCCAGUUCAUUGCAUCUCCAACAUUUCACUGUGGUGCAUUUUCUGACCUGAUGGUUAGCUGAGUUGCAGAUGAAGCAGGUGACGGAUUGCCCUGGAUAAAUUACUCUCCCAUCGUAGGGGCCGAGAGACAUUAUAUAGAGUUUGGGAGAUUUUGGAUCUCACCAUCACUGUUUCUGUUCAUCUUUAUUUUAUAUUUUCUCACCCCAUACCAUAUCUCAAAUGUAUCUAUCUAUGGGUUUGUAUUUACUGAUUAUAUCUCCAUAUCUCUUCAAAUAGGUUUCAACAUCGUGGUCUGGAAUUCGGCCAGUCCAGAAUUUAACAAUGAUUUUUGAAAUAUCUAUUUGAAUUAAAGAUUCGAAAGUCCAGUCUUUCCACUUCGGAUCUGAGGUUUUAGUCGAAAGAACAUAAAGGAAACGUCAGCUUCUAGCAAUAAGCAGAGUUCAAAUUACUUUCUAUUUGGUAUCAAACAAUAGUGAUUCUCCAACAUAUUCACGACUUGGGGGUUCUCCUGAGCCUGUGAAAUUCAAAUUUUGAAGCAAAAGAUGGCACGCAUUUUUAUCACCGUUUUUUAGCUCCUUCCUUGCCUCUUCCACUUAUUUUCGAGUCUGUUGGAUCGGGUUGUUCAGAACGAAUCCUCAAAUGGUCAACUAUAGGAAUAAUGUUUACAUUUUCUAUCAGAUUAUUCUUCGACGUUAAGAAGAAAGUUUCCUCCUUUGCCUCUUCCACUCAUCUUUACAGAUCAAAGUAUUUCAAGUGAAUUUCCUCCCUUGCCUCUUCCAGACAUAAUUUCGGAGUUGUGUUAAAGCUGUGAAGGCCAUUUUGUCCUCAUGCGCCAAGGAGCAGCUCUCAUAGGAAAGAACGAGACCCCGCCUCCGAGGCUGUAUCCAGUUCUUAUUAUAUAUAAUAAUAUCGUAUUAUACAUCCAUGGUUAAAUCCAUGGUUAAAAGUAGUGGUGACGAGAACAACCAAUCACAAUGUCUUCCAUAAUAACCUGUCUUUGGCAUAUUAAUAGUGUAUUUAUUUUACUGCAGGGCCAACGUUAGCCAGACUUUAAGAUAUGUAGGCUACAGUGUUUCGACUUUAGGACAUUUUAUGAGCUAUUAUCUGUCAUCGAUCGAAACAUCUUCUGGAAACAUUUCGGCUAAGUUAGAAAGACAUUGAUCAAUACGUCAAACAAAACGUUCCCAAGACACACACGUUGUGUCUUCUUAACCACCAUAAUAAGGUAGUAAAGGAGCAUCAUCCUUAUUUCUAUCAAAACAAUCCGAUACACAGCGAGAUGCACAACUUCUAUAUGCAGGGACCGUCUACAAAGUGUUAGUUCCAAGUUGUCCCUGUCAAGAUCUAACAAAACCACUUAUCUUCUAACACUUCCCUUAAUACAAUUAAAGAAUACAACAUUUUUGAAGGUAUAAAUGCAUUUGCUUUCCGGUUUAUAAAAAGAUAACAUUUUCUUAAUGUUGGUAAACAUUCUUAAUGUUCUUCUUUUUCUUUUUUUUAAAGAUGUGUUAUUGUUAGUGUUGAAAUCAGAAUCAGAAAUCCUUUAUUUCACCCGUAACAGGGAAAUGUACACGAUUACAACAGCAGAUACAAAUGUCUAAGUAUGCACACGUUAUUAUUAACACAAUAAGUAAAAAACGAAAUAGCAGAUAUGUACACCAUGGUAAAAAAAGUAGCAGUAUAUUUGUUUUUUAAGAAAAGUGACCAUAUUGAAUUAAAAAGCUAGUUGGUACUGUUUGCCAAUUGUAAAUAAAGAUAAUAAAUACAAAAAUAAACGUCAAAUUGCAGGAGGAUAAAUUGCACUUGCACAUAUAUUGCACAAAGUUGUAUAGGAUAUAAUGGGGUCUGAAAUGUUCGUUGUCCCUGUAAAUGUACACUUUUUACAUGUGUUUAUCCUCAAAUAAAUAUCCCAUUGUCAAAAGCUUCAACAAAUAUUAGACCAUUUUCACAUCGAGGAUUUCUCUAAAAAAAAAACUGUUAACAAAAUCUACUGAUCCAGACUCCAGUCCAGUAGGUGGCAGUAAUGCACUUAUUCGUUGGUUGCCAAU